UCUGACAUAGCUGGAUGAUUCAACGACCACAUGUAUAUUUAUUGCAAUUGUGUUCAAUUAAAUAGUCUCAUCAUGUUUGUAAUAUCCGUAAUAUCUGACAAUGAGUGUACAACGUAUUUUCAAUAUAUAAGACAUAAAGAACAGUAAUUAUCUUAUCGACAUAUUUAUUUCAUUGUGUUAUUUAGUCUUAAAAAUACAGUCAAUUUUUCUUUUUUUAUUACUGUUGUUUGAAAUUGAAUGUAAAGAGAAAUGGGAGCUGGAAAAAGUCAAUUUACUGAGGAGGAAUUACAAGAUUAUCAGGAUCUAACAUACUUCACAAAGAAAGAAGUGCUCUAUGCACAUCAAAAGUUUAAAGCCCUCGCUCCAGAAAAGGUUGGGCAUAAUAGGAAUGCAAAGCUUCCUAUGUCCAAGAUUUUACAAUAUCCAGAAUUAAGAGUAAAUCCCUUUGGAGAUAGAAUUUGCAAAGUUUUUAGUUCUAGUCAAGAUGGAGAUUGUACCUUUGAAGAUUUCCUAGAUAUGAUGUCUGUGUUUAGCGAUGCUGCUCCAAAGGCUGUCAAAGCUGAACACGCUUUUAGAAUAUUUGAUUUUGAUGGUGAUGACAUGUUGGGUAUAGGAGACUUAAGGUUGGUUGUCGACAGAUUGACAGCACCUCAAAGAUUAAGUGAAGUGGAUAUGCAACAACUUCUUCAAUACAUUCUCGAUGAAGCCGAUUUGGAUGACGAUGGUGCUCUCAGUUUUGCUGAAUUUGAACAUAUAAUAGAAAAAAGCAGUGAUUUUUCCAAAACAUUUCGUAUACGUUUGUGAAUUAUGUCAUAUAUUAUAUAUGACGAAAGUAUAUUUAACGAAAGACUGAAUAUUCUUAAUAAUAAUUAUUAAUGCAAGAGCUGAUAUAUUGGCACUAGGCCUAAAUUUUGUUCGUUUCUCACGUGAACAUUAGAAAGUAAUGUUAGAAGUCCUAAAAUGUGCCAAGUCCAAAUGGUCAGGCCUAACAAUAACAAUAACACCAAGUAAAUAUUUUUCUCUUUUACUUUUUACAAGAUCUUAUGCAUAAAUUAACUUUCUAUUUCUAUAAUAUUUCACAUGAUAUUUCUCAUUAAUAUAUAAUAAUAAUAAUAUAGUCUUUUUAAGAUAUGCGAUAAUGUCAGAGACAUUAUUUAUUUAAAAAUUUUAGUCUAAAUAUUAGUAUACAAUUUAUACUACAUGCAUUUGAUCAUAUAGUAUAAACUUAGAUACUCAAUUUAUUGCAUUUCUUGUUGUAUUAUAUUAUAGUGUGUGCAAUAUUUUAGAUCAGGGCUUCUCAAACUUUUCCACUAGGAAACCCUAGUUAUAGAUUAUACUAUCUUCUCUUUUACUAUCAUAAGCUCACAGACCCAUUACACAUGUAGCAUUGCUAAACUGGUUUGGAAUUAAUUUUUGAUCAUUGUAAAUCCAGGAAUUUUUAAAUUUAAUUCAAAUUUCUGCGAUCUCAAAAUUUAGUAAAUGAUUCCAUACAGAGUCGUGAGUCACAAUCUGAGAAGCCCUGUUCUAGAUGUUAUUAUAUAUAAUUCUCAAAGAUUCUAAGAUAUUAUUUAAUUAUUUAAAUACGAAUAAAUAUAAACAUUUUAUUUAAUAUAUUAUAUACCUUUAACUUAUUAACAGGUAUACUUAAUAAAAAAAACAUUGUUUUUUUAUUAAAUAAUAUAUUUACAAGAAAUUUCUUUCAUAUAUUUUUUUGUUAUAAAAAAUGGUAUUAUUAAAUGUAUCAUUUCAAAA